AUGGCAACAUUCAACUGCGGGGAGGUUGUUGCUGGCAUAGUGAAGGUGAUUGUUCCCUUAGUACAUUCACAAUAUGAUUUAGACAUAAAUGGAGAGAAGGAUAACACAGCGUUUCCUACUGUGACAACGCCCUCGUACACUAUCUUGAUCAAGUUUGCGGAUGAGGUUCAUGCCUACAUCCCUCUAUUUCAUUUUCUUUUCCUCUAG